AUGGCAGGCGGUCACAUGAAAUACCGCCACCUCAGUCGGUCGUCGUCGCAUCGCCAGGCGCUCCUGCGAAACCUCGUCACAUCGCUCUUCAAGCACGAAACGAUUGCGACAACAUGGCACAAGGCGAAGGAAGCCCAGCGGUUAGCCGAGAAGCUGAUUACCCUGGGAAAGAAGAAUACAGAGGCGACACGGCGGAGAGCGACCCAGAUAUUCUACGAACCAAACGAAAUGGUACCCAAGCUAUUCGGCCCCAUAAGGAAGCGCUACGAAGCCAGACCCGGCGGCUACACUCGCGUCCUCCGCAUUGAGCCCAUGAAAGAAGACCAGGCCGAGUCCGCCAUCCUCGAACUCGUAGACGGUCCAAAAGACAUGCGCUUCGCCAUGACCGCAAAAACACUAGCGAGAAGACCAACAAGAUUAGGGCUGAGCCCGGGCAUCACAAUGCACGUCAAGAAGGUCACACAGUUUCGCAAGGAUGGUGUGGAGGGCCUGCGGAAAAUGGUUCAGUCACUGCGGAAACUACAUGCCAAGGGUGUGGAUGAGAGGAUAUUACCUGCACCUAAGAAGGUAUACCCGGAGACUCAGAUGAAGAGGGAGAUGCACUAUCCCGAGGAGGUUGACAGUGGCAAGUACCCGAACAAGAUUAUGCGAGUCGGAAAGUCAAUGAAAGUGACGUCGAGAGCGAAGCCAAGAGUGAAGCCGAGGGCAAAGGUAGUAGAGAAGAGCGAGAAGGAAGAACACCUGAUCAAAGAGUAG